UGCAUCAGGGUGUUCCAGCCCACUGUUAUACAACUUGCAGGCAGCCUCCCUGACAUCCUCACACUACACGGUGGUCUCGCAUCUUGAGCCAUGUCUGCCCACUUGCUGGCCGUUCUGCUCGCCUUCACCUCCCUGUGUGCUGCGUCUGAACCGGACUGCAAGGAACUUGUUAAACCUCUGCAAUUGGACAACCACAGCCCUAUCUUCGGAAAAUGGAUUCUUCACGUGAGCUCAUGGGAUGAGCCAGGCCUAAAGAGUGACCUGACGGCAGCAAACAGCUCAUGGAUUGAAUUGUCACCAUCUUCCCAGAGUGGGACCAUCUCCCUCUACUGGGCUGACCGUCUGAACGACAACAAAUGUCUUCAGGGCUCCGCUGAUGUCACCGUGUCCGGAAUGACCAGCCACGCCACCUUAAACAUCAACAACCAUACUUCCUAUCAUGAGGCCAAAUAUUACGCAACCUGUUCCGACUGCCUCCUUUCCGAAGACACCACCCUCGUUCCAGAUGGCAAAUCUAAGGGCCGAUACCUUUUCCUCUUCACCCGAACCGGUAAACUGGAGCCAGCCGAGUUGGAGACCUUCAAGAAACAAGCCGUGUGUCUUAAUUUCCCCCCAGAAUACUACUUUCUGGACUCGGAUGUGUGUCCAGAUGAAAGGAAGACCAACGAGGAAGAAGAGCCAACUGGUUCCUCAAAGUAGAUGGUGGCACAUAGACAGCAAGACAAAUAUGCCCUGCAAAACCUACUAAAUGUUCAUAUGUAACCUUGUGCAAUGGAAUAACCUUAUAGACAUGUAAAACUUGAUGCAGGUCUGAAGUCUUAGUUUGUUCGAGAACACUGGUUAGCUGUAGGUGAAUAAACUGCUGCAAUUCUCCUCCUUGCA